CCAACAUUUCGUAUUUUUUUCGGGAAAAUUUACCUGUCUUUCAGCAAAUCAGUGAAAGAAUUGUGUAGCAUCAACAAUAAUAUAAUGUCUACAUAUCCAUAUUCGGAUAGUUUUGCUUUAAUACGAUCAAUAUUAAUAUUGAUUGUUAUAUUCGGUAUAAUUGGUUCAAUAUCACAAUUAGUUUCUGGAUUAUUUGCAUUGGCUAAUGCACAAGAUGUAACAACCAUAGAACAACCAGAAUCAUCAUUACCAUCAAUAUUACCACCAUCAACAACAAUGAAAUUGAAUAAAAUUCCCAUAAAUAAUAAUUAUCAUCAUCAUCAACAACAGGAUCGAAAAUCAGUCGAGAUGAGUGCUGUUGCAAUGUUAAUAAUGGCAUUAAUAUGUUUUACAUUCGAAUUGAUUGGUUUGCUUGGUGCAUUAUUACGAAAAGUAUCCGUUGUUUCAGUGUUUGCUGUUGUAAUGGCCAUUGCUAUUGUUGUUAAUUGUUUUAUUGGUGAUGGUGGUCUAAAAUUAUUAAUCAUUUUAUUGAAUCUUAUUAUGACAACAUUAUCCGGUGUUUUUGUUUUUAUGUGUAUUAGACAAAAAGAAAUUGAAGCAUAUCGACAACGAAAUUCAAUGUCCAUAUCAGCUAUUCAUGAUAUGAGUGUAUCACGUGACAGUGUUUAUCAUUGAAAUUAUCUCAUAAUAUUCCAUAUAGUUUUCAAAGCAGACAUUAAUUACAAUUUUUAAUUAUUCAUUUUUAAUAAUUACA